AUGAUGGAGCCUGAUCCCACCUAUCUUGAUGAUGAUCUCAACAAUCUUCUCACCUCAUUUCCUGUAGUUGUUGAAGAAGCUUUGGUAGAGGAUGAAGAGUCUUAUCAGAUGGGGCUAUGUGCUGCUGCCAUGCUGCUGCCCAAUCCAUGCAUCAGUACACCUUGGCAAAAACUUUAUGAAAGCCAGGAUGACUGGGCCUUUAUCACAACAAUGGGAUUUGAUGUAGAAACCUUUGGUUAUAUCCUCACCUCUGGAUUUGCUAUGGCCUGGUCUCUCAAUGCUGCUGGUGCACUUGGCCUUGUGCUACACUAUUUGAAUUCAACCAUGCACAAAAUCAGCCUCCAACAAAUAUUUGCCAUUAUCCCUGCCACAGUUUCAUGGUGCAUCACAUUUGGCCUCUUGAUCCUUCUUUCAACACUCAGAAACAUGCCAGAGGGCCAGAUCCACUGGCCCAAGCAUGAUGAGUUUGAUGAACUGUCACAGCUAGUUGCACAGCAUCACCCAAGACUUACUGGUGCCUUUGGGAGUAUUGAUGGCCUCAAACUUCCUGUAAAAACAUCAGAUGACCUAGAUAUUGAGAAUGCUACCUUCAAUGGUUGGCUGUCAGAACAUUUUGGGAGAUCAUUGCUGCCAAUCUCAAUGCCCCUGGUAGUUGGCAUGAUUCCCAUGUUGCUCAGCCAAUUUAUGCUACACUUCAUACAAGGACACCAGAUGGAUACUACCUUGUUGUGGAUACAGCUUUUCCACAUGGUACUGCUGACAUUCUUGGAUGCAUAUGCACCCCAUUGA